AUGUAUAGGUAUUAUAAACAAUUUUACCCGGCGGAUCUGUUGUUCAAGUGGUUGGCGCACGGAAACGACGAACGACACGCGAGGGCGGAGAAGACGUACCCGAGCCGGCGGGAGUUUUGUUUCGUGCUGGAUAAGGAACAAGAAGAGGGCGGGGGAGAGAUUUUUGCGCGGUAUCAGAGUUUCGUGGACGCGAAGGAUUUUAAGACAAACGUGGAGCGGAAAAAGCCGGCGCGCAUCGAAUUCGGGCCGAUUUGUAACCGCAGACCGUCCGACAGGCACACGGUGGAGUUAAAACCGGAGGAGCGGGAGUUGGUUUUUGAUAUCGAUAUGACGGAUUACGACGACGUGCGGACGUGCUGCAAGGAGGCUGGGAUCUGUGGAAAGUGCUGGCCGUUGAUGACGGUGGCGCUCAAGGUGCUCGACGUCGGCUUGCGCGAGGAUUUCGGUUUCAAGCACUUGUUGUGGGUCUAUUCCGGUCGUCGCGGUAUUCACUGCUGGAUCAGCGAUGAGCGCGCGAGAAAGUUGAGCGACGAAGCUCGCUCUGCGGUUGCCGAGUAUUUCGCCGUCGUCAAGGGCGAGGGUCAGGGGCGCCGCGUGUUGUCGUCGACGCCGAUGCACCCUUCGGUGAAGCGCGCGUACGACGGCGUCUUGAAACAAUAUUGGAUCGAGUCGUACUUGCCCACGCAGCGAAUUCUCGAGGACAAAACCAAGCUCGAGCAACUCCUCAAUCUGAUUCCCGACGAAAACAUUAGAGAGGAUCUCGCGUCGGAGUUUGCGACGAGUUCGCUCAACUCGGUCGACCGCUGGGGUGUCAUCGAGCGCCGCGUGCAAGACUCUUUGAAGAAAAAUAAUUACAAGCUUACCGGUGCGCUCGAAAAGAUAAUCCUCUGGCACAUCUACCCUCGAGUCGAUAUCGAGGUGUCUAGACACAUGAAUCACUUGUUGAAGGGUCCGUUUUGCGUUCACCCAAAAACUGGGCGUGUGUGCGUGCCCAUGGAUCCCGCCACCGCGGAUUCCUUCAAUCCGGAACUCGUGCCCACCGUCGUCGAUCUGGAUUCCGGUGCGCAAACCUUAGACGGGGCGAUCAAAACUUUUAACGACACGUUCUGGAACGCGUGCGCGAGGGAAAACAUCGAGCGGCUCACCGCAAAGACGCGUCAAGCCAAGGCGGAGCAACAGUCUGGGAUGGAAUUCUAAAUGAU